AAGUUUAUUGUUUAUGUUAGUUAUAUACAUUUUAUUUUAACUACUUUCGAUUCUUGGUGUUUUUUUUAAGUGGAGUUCAAAAUUAAAUUCAGUGACUAACCAUGCAUGAAUUCCCUCAAUAGCAAAGUUUGUACAGCAUUUAUUGAGAAAAUUGUAUAAUUAUCAACCUAGGGUGUUUACUGUAAGAAGAAUUUCUAAAUCGUUGUGUAAUGUCUAGUGUUUUGAAAAAUAUAUUUAAAAUUAAUUAUCUUUCACAGCUUGAAUAAUGCACAGUUCAUUGAAAGAAAUAGACGAUCAUAUAAUUCAAAAGUAUGACUUCAAGAAAAGAAUCGGAAAAGGGGCUUAUGGAAUCGUUUGGAAAGCAAUUGACAAAAAAUCUAAAGAAGCUGUUGCUGUUAAAAAAAUCUUUGAUGCGUUCAGAAAUCCGACAGAUGCUCAACGGACUUUCAGGGAGAUUAUGUUCCUGCAGGAGUUCAGCAGUCACCCUAACAUCAUUAAGCUGCAUAACGUUCAUAGAGCUUUGAACAAUAAGGAUAUAUACCUGAUCUUUGAGUAUAUGGAGACUGAUCUUCACAACAUAAUUGAGAAGGGGAACAUUCUGAAAGACAUUCACCGUCGCUACAUUGUCUACCAACUGCUCAAAGCAAUCAAGUACAUUCAUUCUGGCAAUGUGAUUCACAGGGAUCUCAAGCCGUCUAACAUCCUGCUGAAUAGCCAUUGCCACUGCAAGGUAGCUGACUUUGGCUUGGCGAGGUCAGUUUUGCAACUCAGCAGCCACGCAGGACAGAUCCCCGUGGACCCUUCACUGACCGACUACGUAGCUACCAGAUGGUACCGCGCACCAGAGAUACUGGUAGCUGCUAAAAGGUACACCAAAGGAAUUGACAUGUGGAGUAUUGGCUGCAUCUUGGCUGAGAUGAUUCUGGGAAAACCAUUGUUUCCGGGCUCGUCUACGGUUAAUCAAGUGGAGAAAAUCAUGGCUACCAUCGAACCUCCUUCUCCUAAAGACGUAGAGAGUGUAUGUACUGGCUACGGCAGUUCACUGCUGCAGAGGGCACCGCAAGGUCCACGGCUGUCGUUGGAGACUUUGCUGGGCGGAUGUCCGUCGGACGCACUUGACCUUGUUCACAGAUUGUUAGUGUUCAACCCGACGAGACGUUUGACAGCCGCACAGGCGCUAAGACAUCCCUACCUCUCCAGGUUCCAUAAUGCUAACACUGAGCCGGCCCUUGUCACUUCGAUAGUUCCGCUGCUUAGAGAUGAUAUUCAACUGAGUGUGGACGAAUACCGCAACAAACUGUAUAAAGUAAUCUCCAGAGCCGAGCGUAAGCUGAGCAAACCAACCAACAAGGGGGAAAAUGGACGGAAGCUAUCAGAGCCUGUUAUCCGAGCGCAGACUAGCCGCCACACACGCAGACCUACGCAGGAAGUAGUAACACAAAAGUCCAGCGCAGCUUUGCCGCCUCGUACCUCCACAUCUUCUUCCAAUCCCGGUAAACACCUUUUUUUUAAACUUGCGUUGUAA